ACAUUCCCCACCAUGGGGGACAUGAAGACUCCGGAUUUCGAUGACCUUCUGGCAGCUUUCGAUAUCCCCGACAUCGACACGAACGAGGCCAUCCACUCCGGCCACGAGGAAGCUGACGCCCACAUCAAGCAGGUCCCUGGGGAGCCGGGCCCCCCUGACCACGUCCUCCCCCACACGGACAUCACCGCUGUCAGCGUGAUCGUGAAGAACACCGUCUGCCCCGAGCAGCUCGAUGCCCUGGACGGGCGCAGCAAAGAUGGGCACGUCAUCGGGCCCCGCUUGCUGCAGAAUGGCUUCGGGGCCGCCGAGAUGCCCAGGUCCCCCACCUCCAGGUCUGUGGAAGCUGUGGCGUCCUCCAACGGGGAGUGUUGGGUGAAGGAGAAAGGCCCCAAACCCCUGGAUAUCUUCUCCCAUUUUAGCCCUGAUCCCAAUGAAGACAGCGCUGCCAACCUGAUUGACAGACCCCGGGACCCCCGGGAGUGUAAGCCGAAAGAGAAGUCCCUCGCCGUGCCCUCCCUCUCCCCGUCUCCCACCCCGUCGCUGGACUGCAAGGAGCCCAUGGGAGAGAGCGCAGAGAACCUGCCGCCGGCUUUCCCGCAGUCCUUCGAGACGAGCCAGGCAGGGGGGGCAAACGGGUCCCCUCCCACCAUCGCCUGCAUCAAAAAAGAGGAGUCUGACUCAGAGGAGGUGGGCCGCGAAGCCAGCCCGAAGGGCCUGGCUGCAGCCUUGGGUGACAGUCCCCUGGAUCACCUGAAAUCGGUCACCGUUCGCUACUCCACGGAUGAUUCUCCCAUCACGUCCUGGCCCGGUUCCGACCCAAACCUCGACAGCGGCACCAGCAGCCUUCCUGAAGUGAAGCACUCGCCCGCCAGCCCCCGGGAGCCGUUCUUCAAGCCUUCCUCGCCGGUGGUGCAGAGCCCCAGGCUCCCCGCUUCGCCGAAGCACCUGGACAGCAUCUCCCUCAAGGAAGAGCAAGAAGUUCUGGAGAAGUCGAUGGGAAGUCCACAGAGUAUGUCCAGCGCUGAGGAAGAGGAGGAGGAAGACGACAACAACAACGAUUCCCCUUCUUCCAAUUCCUCACGGCCCUUGAAAGUGCGGAUCAAAACCAUCAAAACAUCUUGUGGCAGCAUCACCCGAACAGUGACCAGGGUCUCGUCAGAUUCGGAGCCGGGCUCCGCCAAGGGCCCAGCCGAGCAGAGCUCCCAGGACACCUCUCUGGAGGGUGCCGGCUUCUCGGCAGACAAAGAGGAAGGGAUUGCGCUGGAGGUGGCCAAGGAGAAAAUGGAGCUCUCCAGCCCCUUGAAAACCAUCGAGGGGCCAAAAAUCGUCAGUGUUCAGCUUGGCAACGGCACCAAGCUCAAAGGGACCGUCCUGCCCGUCUCCACCAUCCAGAACGCCAGCAGCGCCAUGCUGAUUGCUGCCAGCGUGGCGCAGCAGAAAUCCGUGGUGCUGCCAGCAAAGACGGGUAAAGCCGUGGCCAAGAACAUCAUCAACCUGGUGCCACAGACCCUGCCCAAGGCCGACACCAGGACCAACGUCAGCACCGUGACGCAGACCGCCACCAUCACCACCACGGCCAACCAGAAGGUCAACGGCACCACGGUUGUGAUGGUGCAGCCGCAGAAGCCUUCCCCUACCAUCCCCGCCCGGCGCGCCGAGAGCCUGCCCCUGCCCCCCUUCGGUUCCCGCUGCCUGGAGUGCGGGGACUCCUUCGCCCUGGAGAAGAGCUUGGCUCGCCACUACGACCGGCGAAGCAUGCGCAUCGAGGUGACCUGCAACCACUGCACCAAGCGCCUGGUCUUCUUCAACAAGUGCAGCUUGCUGCUGCACGCCCGGGAGCACAAGGACAAAGGCCUGGUGAUGCAGUGCUCCCAUUUGGUCAUGAGGCCCAUCGCCUUGGACCAAAUGAUCGGGCAGCCGGACAUCACCCCCCUGGUCUCGGUGACCUCCUUCCCCGCCAGCAAAGUGACUGGCGUGGCUCAGGACGCCUUGGCCGCGGCCAGCGGGGCUCAGGACCUCCCCAUCCUGCCUCUGAGCAGCAGCUCGGAGCAGACAAACUACAGCUGCUUCCGCUGCCUGGAGUGCAAAGAGCAGUGCAAGGACAAGGCCGGGCUGGCCGCGCACUUCCAGCAGGCCGUGGCCACGGGGACCACCAGCAGCACGUCGGUGAAGAAGUUCCCGUGCCACCUGUGCGAGCGCUCGUUCUGCUCCGCGCCCAGCCUCCGCAGACACGUGCGAGUGAACCACGAAGGCAUCAAGCGCGUCUAUCCCUGCCGGUACUGCACAGAGGGCAAGCGGACCUUCAGCAGCCGCCUCAUCCUGGAGAAACACAUCCAGGUGCGGCACGGGAUCAAGGUGACCGACCAGACGAAGAGCCAGGAGGUCGUCAUCGCCCGGAUCGGGACCGGCGCCACGCAGGUACGAGGUCUCUGCGGUCUCUCGAGGUGUCCCCAAAGGGCUGGGGCCCUGCCGAGGUUUUGGGCAGGGCCGAAGGCAGCGCCCUGA